AUGGUGAAAACCCGCAUGGGUCUACUGGACCUGCGCGUCCAGUCGUCCACGCUGGACGCCACGCUGCGCGGCGCCCGCGUCGCCAACGUGUACGACGCGCACAACGGCCGCACCUACAUCCUCAAGCUCGCCGUCCCGCCGCCGCGCACGCACCCGCCUUCGGCCCAGCCCGCGUGGCAGAAGCGCCUGCUGCUGGUCGAAUCCGGCGUGCGCCUGCACGUCACCCACUUCGACCGCGACAAGGACCUGCCCACGGGCUUCUGCCUCAAGCUGCGCAAGCACGUGCGCACGCGCCGCCUGGACGCCGUGCGCCAGCUCGCCGGCGAUCGCAUCGUCGACAUCGUCUUCUCGGCCGCCGGCGAGGUCGCGGCCCACAUCAUCGUCGAGUGCUUCUCCGGCGGCAACGUCAUCCUCACCGACGGCGGCCUCUCCAUCCUCACCGUCCUGCGCACCUUCCGCCCCACCACCCCGGGCGCCGCCCCCGUCGCACCCAAGGAGCGCUACCCCAUCGAAAACGCCCGCGAGGUCCUCGCCCCCGACUUCGAUGCCUUUGUUCGCUCCGUGCGCGAUGCCGCCCAGCUCGUCCCCGACGAGGCCGCCCUGCUCGCGGCCCCGACGCGUGCGGCACGGAAAAAGCUCGCCGCCCGCGCAGACCCGAAGAAGGCCCUCGCUUCAGUCCUCUGUCUGGAACCAGCGCUUGUGGAGCAUGCCCUGUUGCGCGCCGGAGCGGGCGCUUCGUUGCCGCACCUUGCAGCGGAUCAACGAGUCCUGCGAGACAUGUUUGACGCCUUGAGAGAGGUCGAGGACAGCCUCACCAACCAGAUUGAGUCGGGAAAUCCUGUCAAGGGCUUCAUCGUCUCGACGAACGCGCCGCAGCCUGGCCCGGGUAGUCCAGAUGCCACGACCCAGAGAUACCAAGAGUUCUCGCCCUACUUGUUCGAACAGUAUAAAGAGCGCCCGUGGAGGGAGUUUGCCACCUUCGAUGAGGCGGCUGACGAGUUCUUUUCGCGCCUUGAGUCAGAGAGGAUGGCUGCGGCGCAGACGAAGAGGGAGGCUGCUGCAUACAAGCGCGUAGACAAGUUGGCCAACGAAUUGAAGGGCCAAGUAUCGAUACUAGAAAGUGCUCGCGAUUUGUCGUGGGAACGCGCGCAGGCCAUCGAAGGCAAUAUUGCCGACGUUGAAAAUGCGAUCACGGUUAUUCGGAGCGCUGUCGCUGCAGCAGUGCCGUGGGAUGGGCUUGCGAGAAUGGUCAGUGAAGAGAAGAGGAAUGGAAACCCGGUUGCGGAGAUCAUCCAUUCGUUGCAACUUGACAGGAAUGAGAUCACUUUGAUGUUGGAAGACACAUUUGGUGUAGACGAUGCCCAGGAAGACGAGGAAGACGACAAUUCUGAUGAUGAAGAUGAUGGCGAUGAAGAAAACGAAUACGAUGACGACGACGGUGAUGAUGGCUGUGGCCAGAACGACCGCUAUCUUAGAUCUAGGCGGUCUAGAUUCGAACCAUCAUCACAAACGCGAAAAGCCCUUCUUGUGUCCGUGGAUAUUAGCUUGGGAGCACAUGCUAAUGCGAGACGUCACUAUGAGAUGCGCAAGAAUGCAGCUGCAAAGAUGGAAAAAGCAGUAGAAGCUACAGAUCGCACAUUGAAGGCCGCAUCGAAGCGGGCAGCAUCUGAAGCUUCCAAGAUUGAAGCUGAAGCCGCAGCAGCCUCUAUCAGAGCGAGAAGAAAGCCCUUGUGGUUUGAGAAGUUCUACUGGUUCAUUAGCUCUGAGAAUUAUCUGAUUGUUGCCGGGAAGGAUGCACAGCAAAACGAACUGCUUGUAAAUAGGUAUCUCGGUCCAGCAGACGCAUAUGUGUAUGCGGAUCUGAACGGGGCGUCUUCCGUCAUCGCCAAGAAUCAGAAGCGACCGGGCGCAUCAGGCUACGGAGAGAUUCCGCGCAUGACGUUAGAACAAGCAGGCACAUUUGCUAUGUGCAGAUCAUCAGCGUGGGAGGCCAAGGUCGUUACUUCUGCAUGGUGGGUCAGGGCGAGUCAGGUUUCUAAAACUACCGCUUCGGGGGCUUUUCUACCAACUGGAAGCUUCAUGAUUCGAGGAAAGAAGAACUACUUGGAUCCGACCCAACUCGUUAUGGGAGUAGCCUUUAUAUUCAAGGUAGAGGAAUCAUGUAUUUCGGCUCACAAAGGUGAAAGAGGUGUUCGACGGCUUGACAGUAUUGAGGAAGCUGCCAGAAACUCGACAACGCAACACGUAUCGACUACCAGCGAGACGGGUGAAGAGCCUGUGCCGAACCCUCACGAUAUUACUAAGAGCCAGGCAGGGGUACAGCCAUCGUUGUCAGAGCCAAAGGAGACCGCCAGUUCAAGUGAUGACAACCCGCCCGUUGUGGAAGGGAGCGAGAUGGCACCGUCUCCCAAUGUUCGUCUAUCUGAGCAAGCUCAAACUAGCCUUGCUGCAGAAGGUUCGAGCAGGGGUACAGAUAGUCUCCAAGAUAACAUUGAACAGGAGCCGCUGAAGAAAAACCCGCGCGCGAAAAAGAAGCAUAUGUCUGCGAAGGCACGGAGAGCAAUGAAGAACAAAAAAGGAGGGGCACAGAAUACAACAGAGUCUUCUUAUCCACCUGAAGACCAAGAAAGUGGCAUCGUUGGGGCUGAUGAUUUGCAAGCGAAAGAAAAGAAGGGGAAGAGCCAGGCGCCACUUCCCAGGGGGAAGAAGCACAAACUGAAGAAAAUGAAGAAAUACAGCGAUCAGGAUGAAGAGGAACGAAAGAUUGCGCUUGCAAUCUUGGGCUCAAAACCGAUCAAGGAAGAAACAGCAGCGACAGACGAGGACGAAGGAGAAGAUGCAGAGACACUGCAGGAGGCGGAAAAUGCAUCCACAAGUGUCGACGAGGAUAGCGGCAAAAGACGGGAAAGGAGAAGUGAGAGGCGUGAAGUUAUGCGGCUCACAGAGGAAGAGGGAAUCGUAGAAUUGGAAAAUUUGGAGCAGGAGUCAAUGCGUAUCCUUGACAUGUUGACAUCUGUACCUCUACCAACUGACACCGUGCAAUAUGCUCUUCCCAUGUGUGCACCCUACGGAGCCUUAACAAACUACCGAUAUCGAGUGAAACUAAUGCCAGGAAGCACGAAGCGUGGCAAAGCAUAUCGAUCAGCUAUUGCCCUUUUUUUGAAACAGGCCGAGAAAGACCUUUCACAAUUCAAGCAGGAGCGAGAUUCUAUUCGACUAUCCCCUGAGAGUGCCGGUAUUCAUAGCAUGCUCGGAGGGGUAAAGAUAAUGGCACCGGGACUUGCGGAGGCGCAAAAAUCGAUGCAGAAACCGAAAAAACAAUCCUCAAAGAAAUGUUACAAGCGGAAAUAG